AUGACGCCCCCACCACCCCUCUACCACGCCCUCCUUCGGCCCGCCAUCCUCCAGAUCCUCCGCGCAGCAGGCUACCACGCGGCCAAGACCAACGUCCUUGACACCGUGACCGACCUGGCCGCGCGCUACCUCUCGCAUCUGUGCCAGCUGACCGCGCUGUAUGCGUCGCAUAACAAUGAGGGCGAGGUCUCGAUGUUUGAUAUGGAGCUGCUGGAUGAGUGGGAGAGGGCUAGGAGUGAGAUUAUGGCAGGUGCCAAUGGGGCGGGAGGGGGACAGGUGGACGGGGGGGGAGAUGGGAAUGCUGGGGAGGUCAAUGGGAGUGGGACUGGGUAUGGGAACCAGAACGCCAACGGCGUUGGUAAUGUCAACGGAGCGAGCGUGACGAGCAGUGCCCCUACAAAACGCCCCAUCCCCUCCGUCCCCGUCCCCGUCCCAACCAUCGUCGACGUGCGCAUGGCACUCCAGCGCGCAGGCGCGUUCAUGCCCGAGCGAAUCAUCGAAGAGCAGGAAUACCUUGGUGUCGAAGACCUGCGUGGAGUAGAAAGCUUUAUCGCGUGGGCGACGGGUCCAGUCAAUCGCGAAAUCAAGCGGAUUGCGUUAGACGGGAAUGAUGAGGCCAGCGACUAUCUCGACGCCCUCAAAAAGAAACAUUCCAAAAACGACGACGACUCCAAGUACCUAGGUACGCUCCUCGGCCGGAGCAUCGACUUUGGCGAGGAGAUUGUGAUUGAAGGGUGGGACUGCCCGAGCAUUGAGGCGUGGGAGGAGCGUAUGCGGCGGGCGGCUGUGCGGCCGCGUGAUGCCAAUGCUGACGGUCAGGCGGAAGGUGUAAACGGGAACGGAGAGAAGGACUCAAGACCCGGGAGUUCGGGGUUGAGUUCGCUGGGGGAUAGGAGUAUCGCGGAGGAUAUGGAUUUGUCCUAG